GUAAGUCACUCAAGUGUUGACAGUCGAAAUUAGACAUACCAAGUGUGUAGACGUAAAGCAGUCAAAAUAUUUACCUAAAUAAAUUGUGCUAUACUGUAGUAGUUUGAAAACUUAAAACCUAAAGAAAUGCUUUACUAUAGUUUACUCCUAAUAUUUUCAUUAUCAUUAUGGUCCUGCGCGAGUGCUUACGUUAUACCAACCGAUUUACCCGAGCGCGUGGGAGAUAAGUUCAUCUACUUCGGUUAUGGUAGUAAUAUGUUGACUAAACGCAUACAUAUACAAAAUCCGACCGCGGUGAAAAUCGGUAUGGGCAUAUUGAAGGAUUACCGGUUGGAUUUUAAUACCUACACGGAACGUUGGGGUGGUGCACCAGCGACUAUUGUGCCUACCCCUGGCGCUUACGUUUAUGGCACAUUGUGGGAGAUAUCACUCAGCAAUUUGGAUGAUAUUGAUGACCAGGAAGGCGUUCACGAGGGUAUUUACUAUGCCGCCAGCUUGCCCGUAAUGCUGUCGAAUAAUACGUUAGCCAUUGCACGUGCUUAUUUACUGGCCGAUCAACCGAAAAUACCGUUGAACGAUUUCUCCAGCACCGAUAAGCUGCCACUUAGCCGCCAACCUUCGAAAACUUAUUUGCAAUGCUUGGUGAAGGGUGCAGCAGAGACUGGCAUUGUACCGUGGUAUGUUGAGUGGUUAAAAUCUGUGAAGCAUAAUGGCCAUGUAGCGCCGGAUUUGGAGCAAAUUUUGGACUUGAAAGAUGUGCAAUUGAAUUCUAUGUCUUCCAAGUUUUACUACUUUGGUUUUGGCAGCAAUCUUCUAGCCAAGAGAAUACACAUACAAAAUCCUACGGCAGUACGCAUAGGACCUGGGAAGCUGGAAAAUUACCAACUCGACUUCUAUACCAGUUCCCGUACUUGGUACGGCGCGCCCGCUACCAUAGUACCCAAACCGGGUGCCUGUGUUUUUGGCGCCAUUUGGGAGAUUGAUAAUAGCAAUUUAAAAGAUUUAGAUGAUCAAGAGGGUGUUUCCUAUGGCAUUUAUGUGCCGAUCACAAUGCCAGUACUGGAGCUUAAAAGCGGCAAGUUUAUAGAGUGUCGCGCCUAUCAUUUAACAAAUCAACCAACAGGUGAUGUAAGAUGUUUAAAACCCGAAGAGAUACCCUACGAUCGUCAGCCAUCAAAAACGUAUAUGAAAACUAUUGUGAAAGGUGCUUUGGAGACAUGUUUGCCCGCGGAGUACGUGCAAUGGCUGCGAACCAUCAAGCAUAACGGCAAGAUGGUCGAUGCGUUGGAAAAGAAAUUGGAGUUGCAAGAUGUUAACUUAUAAGGGCAGUGGAGUAUAAAAAAAACUUUGACAGCAGAGUGAAAGUUAAAGCGUUUACUGAAUCACAAAACAGAGAAAGAUAAGCAUUUAGAUAGGAACCAAGAAGUUCUUAUUAAUAAAAUUAGUUCAUACAACUCAUUGUGAAAAAAGUUGUUGAAAGUUCAAUAAUAA